AUGGGAGUCAAGGAACCCACCGAGCCGUUACCACCGCAGCACGAUCUGGUCGGCCCGCGCACUGCCUCGAUCGUCUUACAUAACGCUGCUGUACCGUUCAAAGCGCAUGCUAUGAUCACAUCAGGUUUCGUUGUGUUUAACUCAGUCGCUGGCGGCAUCGAGAGCAUGGGGGAGGAGCUUUGCCACCGUAAGCACAUCGUCAGGCUCCAGGAGAAGGCGAGAAACGGGGUUCGGGGCGAGAUACGCUUCAUUGAGCGCAUUUGCGGAGCUUCAUUAAGGUCUAAAGAAGCUCAAGCAGGUGGGAGCUCUGCAGGUGACGAUGGCGGCCGGGGUGGCGGAUGCCAUUCCAAGCAGAUCAAGGAGGAGCAAAUCCGGCAGAUGACCGGUAACGGGUUGAUGGAGGUUGAUGGAGGUCCAAGUGUAUUCCGGUCGGAUGUAUUCGAGCCGCGAACAGGUAGGCAGAUGCAGAUUGUAUGCUCGACCGCACUGGAUGGUAAGAAAUGGAUCAACCACGGCGUCUUUGGCCUAAACGAGGAGGGGAUUUUCCAUCUCCCAGCGGUGACGACGACGCCAGAUCCUCAGAACCAGUUCGAGACUGUAGAGGGUAUCCAGACGGUUGGUCUGCCAGAUGAAGUUCGCCUCAAGCUUGUAUUGAUGACCGAGUAA